UGAUUUUUUUUAAUGCUUUGACUUGCUUGACUGGACCGAUUUUAGACAGGAUGGUGGUUUUGAUUACUGUCUGGUUAAUUGUGUUGGUUGUCAUAUAAAUAUGGAGCGGCAGGAGCUUGGCGGGGAGAAAGCCAAUAGAAGUUUUUACACGUCUGCGUUUGGAGCACAUUCGAGUAGAUCUUCGUCUUACUUGCUGUCGGAUACACCAAACUCUCUGAGCCCCGAGCCUCUAUCAUCUUACGUAUCAUUUCCCAACGCAGCGUCUUGUACCAACUCUCAAGUUACUUUUGGGUGCCACUUCGCUAACAGUUUCUACAGUUGCAAAGCUUCUCCAAGCGCAGUGUUUCAGCAGCGAGUCAUGAACCACCACAAUGUUAAUGGGAAAGUAUAUGGACACUUGGCUGACAAACAAGAUGUGGUGGACUUCAGUAGAGCUGCACUACACUGCGGUGAGGGUCCCACCCUGGUUAGGGACAUUGGUGUUUAUCAAGGCUAUGCAGGACCCUAUAGGAUCCCUGGAUAUAUUGAUGUCCCUGUAGUUCAGCGCGCCAGGACAAGAGAUCACAUACAUGAUAGUCCUUUCGUAAUGGAGGAGUAUGAGCCCUGGAAUUGGUCGACUAGUUGGAGCAACCAAAUUUAUUGUUCGAAAGAGCAAACGGCCAGCCCAUGUAUCUGGAAAUCGUCACUAACAGACCCUGCGCCUGAUACCAGCCCUUUUCUUCGGCGCGGGAGGAAGAAACGGGUUCCAUAUACGAAACUGCAGCUGAAGGAACUCGAGCAUGAAUACACCAUUACGAAGUUUAUUACUAAAGAGAGGCGACGACGGAUAGCCUCCUCCACUAACUUGUCAGAGAGACAAGUUACUAUAUGGUUUCAGAAUCGCCGUGUCAAAGACAAGAAAAUAAUUUCGAAAAUAUCUAAAGACUUUGAAUCUUUUUAAUGAACUACUACAUAAACUACCUUUAUACGCUAAAUGUUGUUAAUGGUCUGAAGGUUCUUAUUUAUAGAAAUUAAUCCUAAUGCGCUAUAGGUGUAUCCAUUUUAAUAGCUUUAAUUUCUCAUUGAAUAAUUAAUGUUAUUCUACAAAUACCACAUUUUUUCCAUAUACAUGUCUUUAAAUGUUAAGGCUACUGAAGACUUAUUAUAUACACUUGUAAUCCUAUGAUAUUAGUUUAUUCUAUAGCAAUGCCAGUUCGGGUUUUUCAUAUACACUUCGGUUAUGUUAACAGUGAUAUUUCUUUUUUCCAAUUAAAUACCAUAGCAUCAUUUGUGAAUGAUUGUGAUUCUGUUGAGGUAUAAACAAGAACCUAUGCACUUGUUAUAAAGAAAUGGAUUGUUUAUUAUACACAUUUUAUAAGGAAAGUAUAUACGUUAUAAUGAAACAGAAUGUUAUUUAUUAAAGAAAGAAAGCUUUUUAUGGCAACAGCAUGAAAUACACGCCCUAGAUUCAACCACGUAUACAAAUGAAACGUUCGUGAUUUGUGUUUAUUUGUGAACACACGAAGCUAAACAAUAAAAUAACAUUUGCAGUGAUUUGAAAAUUCAUUGCAAACUUUUUUGUUAUUUGUUAUUUUCGCUUUGUCUGUAUUUGGCAUUGAAGGCUUGAAAGCUAUUGAAGGCUCAUUGUACUACAUAAUUUCAAGUUUCCCCUAAAGUGUGUUUGGAGUCGGGGAAAAGUUGAGCCACCAGGAGUGGAGUUGUGAUACACACAUCACUUUAUUUUCAAUAUGAAUAAUGUCAACUUGUCUGCUGUAAUUGAGUGUUAUUGUUUGGAGUGCUACACUCUAGGGGGAAAUCGUGUUUGUCAUGUUUAAAAAAAAUAACCAACUGAUUAAAAUGGUUACUCAGAAAAUGUCUUAAAUUGUUAAUAAAAAGGCUUCCAUUUUUUAC